ACAAAAUGAAGUCAAUUUGCGUCGGUCUUCUUUGUCUGCUCGGCUGCACGGUGCUGGCAUGGGCUGGAGAGCCUCCAGAAGCAGAUGUGAAACCGGUUUUAUUUUACGAGGAUACAACUGCAAAUCUAAUACUGUCAAGUAUUAUCAAGCUUAAUUGGUUCCAAGCACAGGCCGCCUGUGCUUCCAUGGGAGCUCAUUUAGUAAGCUUUGCAAAUCAAGAAGCUCAAAAUGCGGUAGUCACUUUUCUUAUAGCAUCCGGGUUAUGGAAUGAACUAACCGAACCACUUUGGACUUCGGGCUCGAAUCUUGCCAAUGCCAGAGAAUGGAUGUGGCUUGACACGGGCAAACCUAUGACGUAUCGCAAUUUCAGAACUCAACCGAGUACCUCAUAUAAUUGCGUUGGAUUUAACGCUCAAACCUCCUUCUGGACCGCUGAGAGUUGUAAUACUCUGCGUUACUUUGUGUGCAAAAAAACAGCAUAUACUUGUGAAUAAUAACACACAGACAUAUCUACAAUAUAAUAUAAAAACAUA